AUGACGUUAGGAGUUCAAGCAGCGUUGACAGUUUCCGAAAAAAGCCGCGACAUCGUCGAACAUCCCAAGUUUCAGUGGGGAGUACUUCUCAGUGUCACCAUUAACGUCGUGCUCUUAUCGUCCCUCAAGUAUGGGAUGUCAAAACGGUUGCUGCAUACGCUCGACGGGUUGCAAGCAGUAAUGCUUUUUGCUUUCAGCGGGGAACUUCUGCUGCGCUUUCUAGCAUACGGUCCUGGCGAUUUUCUUGACGAUGGUGAGUUCUUUGUUUUCAUGUUGUCUUCUGGUCUGAUCCUGAAAUUUUCAAGAAUGAAUACUUUGGACUUGAUAGUUUUUUUGACAUCUAUUGUGGCACUCAGUUCUCAUUCGUUUCCAAAUUUAACAUCCAUAAGAAUUAAGCGGUGGUUUUACUCUUCGAAGAAGUAUGUUGCAAAAUAUCCCAGUGUAGUGGCUACUUGCAUGGAAAGUGUUGGCUCUUUGGCGGGGGUUUUUUUCUUUUUCCUUCUGGUUAUCAUAGUAAUCUCUAUCAUCAGCAUGGAAUUGUACAGUGGGCAGUAUUACAGCUUUCCUGAAGAGUAUCCGCGAGGAAAUCAUGAUUCCAUACUGGAAGCCAUGCUCGUCUGGUUUACAGUAACCAUGGCUGAAUCCUGGGUAAACCAAAUGUGGAAUUCCCUGCGACCUGGAGUUCAAUACAACGUAGUGGCGCCGUUUCUAUACGUCUUUUACUUCGUCGUGACAGUUUACGUCGUUAUGAAUCUUAUCAUUGCUGUCUUGCUCGAGAGAAACGAGCUUACUGACAACCAGAAGAAGCGAAUCCAACGGAUGGAGCACAUGAAGUUAAUCAGGAGAAUGCAAAGUCAGGCACUCACAAGAAGCAGAAGCUGGGUUGUGGGUGCGGUAGAAGAAAUGAAAGGUUUGCGACGGAUGACAACUCGCAUGUUAAACGUCAAAGAUCACGUAAGACCGGGCCAAGAGAGAAGGGGUCCCAGGGUCGUCAACGCCCGGCAGUAACUGCUGCUAAGUCUGAUGGGGGUACUACUGGAUCCGCUUUAGAGGCCCCAUCGUCGGUCGUUCCAGCUGCAGAGUUUUCUGAAGCACCGCC